GAGGAGUGUUGAAGUGCCAUUCAGAGAGCCACUGCCUGAACAAAGACCUGAGGAACUGUGACUGGGAAAACUGCAGUGUUCCAAAAUGCUACAGCACAAAAAGCUGUGCAAGAUGAGGCUGGAGAAAUAAUACGUAGGAGCCGUGCCACUCAGGAGUCUUACAGGAUGGUUUCAGAAUUUCGAAUUUUAUCCUAAGACGCGGUUUACGAUUAGAUGAUCUCUUGUCUAUCUGAUUGGCAGACACCUUUUGCUUGUGUUUUUUGGCCAGCCGGAUGUUUUUUUGUUUGGGUUUUUUUUUUUUUUUUUGAAAGCGAGGCGUGCACUCUCCGAUUAGUCAGAGGCCGCCUUUCCCUGUUGCCCUCACACACAUGUACAAUUUUUUGACCCCUAGGGAAGGGGAGUUUGCAACGUUUUCUGGAGGAUUAUUAGAUUUUGUACUAAAAUAGCACUAAAGAGAAGACACCGGAGAGCGAACGGAGAGGGCGGCGCCGACAACCCAACAGGAACAAUGCAGGCAGAGUCGGUUCUGGGGAGGGCGGGGAAGGGGAGGAGCGAGGCGCCUCAGCGACCUACUGCGCAUGACCGCCCCUGGUUGCCAAGGCAGCGGGAAGGCGUUGCCCGGAAGCGUUUCCUUACGGAACCAUCAGCUCCAAAACCCAUCCCCAGGGGUUCAGGACUGACUAGUUCCUGAGGCAAUCUUGACCACCGCAAAGCAGAUGAGGAGCAGAGCCUGAUGCAAUGUGAUGGCCAUCCGCCUGGAAGCCCGAGGAUUCAGAGAAGCAGGGGAAAUUGACCCAGACAGACAUCGGGACUAUGGCAGACUUUUUUAAGGAGACCUUUGAGUCCUUUACUGAUGAGGCACAGAGUUCCAGUUCAUUCAGUUCCUCUGGAGGACGGCAGCCCUGGUCCUAUGCCUCUGGGAGUAAAUACGAGAGUGGAACGCCGACUCCACGCUUGCAACAUGGAGACAACCAAUCUGAGUUUUCACACUUCAAAAAUAGUGAAAAGAAGUUGAGCAGAAAAUGGAUCAACAACCUCAAGGGCAAGGAAAUGAACUCUGGACAGUACCAACCAGACACUAAACUUGAAACAGAAAUCACUCAGGCAUCCCUUGAAGAAUUGAAUGCCCUGCAGUCUUUCUGCACCGUUAAGAUAAACCUGAUCCAUCGUAGUGCGACCUCUAAGGGGAAAAAGAGCAGCAGACACAAAAAGCUGCAGCUUGGAUCGGAUGCAGAGGCUCCAGAGGUAGAUGCCUUAAACUGUACUGUCCCCGAUGAGCUUCUGAACAGAAUCUAUUUUAAAAACAUGAGGACAACACCCAACGAGGUGGUAACAGCUAAGCAACACAUUUCUUCUCGGUGUCCCAACUGUAACAGGAAAAGAGCAGAACUGGCCCAAUCUGCCUUCCUGAAACAGAAGAAGACUUUACUGGAGUCACUUCUACUCCAAGAGAAAAUAGAUGAACAUCUUCAUAUGAAAGACUUUCUUACCCUUAUUGGAGAAAUACAUCAGAGCCUUCCCAGGCUUUCCGAUGACCCCAGAAUAAUCUGGGAAAGACUGAAGGAGAAAAGUCAAAUUGGUUACUCUGGUUUUGAAAGGAGCAGAGCAUUUGGCCUGACCGUUAGCACGACCGUUAUCGCGAGACCCUGAGCCAACAGUCAGCUCGCAGUGGUGCUCGCGGCAGAGAGUGUGGUGAGAGGCGAGAGGCGGUUGCAGGGCCUGGGACAGGCCGAGGGCCGGGUCCCGCAGAGCCCCAGAGCCCUCACCGCAGCCGCCCGCUAGCCAGGCUCAGACCUUGAAGCAGCGAAGCAGCAGCGAACCCCUCCCCCAUCCCAACGUCUGCAACCUAAUGGCGGCGGGCGGUCUUCAUGGGUCGCAGUCCGUGGAGGCCUCAGCAACUGGAGUAUAUGGACACUGCCGUUGAGGUAACAGCUUCAACCUGCUUCAGUCUCUCCAUUCAAGUUUCAAAAGUUGGUGCAGCUUAGAUAAGUUGUCUCCCCCUAGGAGAUGGCCAGAGGCCAGGGUUAAGUUGCACGGACAUUGCAGGUCAUUAGUUCAGGUCCACCUCAGUGGUUGGGCUCUUCUCAAAGAAGGGCAAUUUCUGUGAGCUGGGGAUUCACCUGAUGGGCAUUUGCUACAACACGUAUUCCUGUCGAUCGUAUACAAAUGAUUCUGUCCAGGUUAAAUGAAAAGCCUGAGGGCCGGCUUGGGUCCUGGCCGCCUGGCUCCCUCAUUGAUGAUGGCUGGGCAGAGUCUGGGGACCUGGCCCUGAGGGCGCUGCCAGCUGAGAUCUGGCCCCUCACCCAGGCCUGGACGCUGGCGGGAGGACUCAGACUGGGUGCUGGAUGAAAGCUCCUGGGCAGGGUAACUGGCCCGCGCAGGGACCCCCUCCUGUAAGCCAGGGCCUGGACCUCGGAGGGUGAAAGUUGAGCCUUGGGACCUUGCCCUUUCUUGUCAGAACAGAGAAUAACAUUUGUUUCGAUGGAGGUUUAUAAGAACACAGUGACCUGGCCUCAAGAACAAAGGAUCUAACACCAAGAAGUUUGUAACAACUAACCAUGCCCCUCCCUAUAAAAGGGCUAUAAAAGGGCUUUGCUGAAAGCUUUCCAGGUGUCCAGGGUUUUUAAGGCAUGAGCCACCAGUCUCCUUGCAUGGCCCUGCAAUAAACCUUUCUCUGCUCCAAACCCUGAUGUUUUGGUAUUGUUUGGCCGCAGUGUGUGCUGGGCACUCGGACUUGCGUUUCAUAAUAUUUCUACAGGUACUCUGGAAACUUAAGAGUUUACUGUGCUUCCUUCACAGAUUUGAGGACUAAAGACUUUCCACCCAGUAUUUUUUCAGAUUCUAGAGGGCAACAUUUUAUAGUUGGAAUAGUUACAAAGUUUUUAUAACAACGCAGGAGAGAUGCUGGCAAUUUGGACUAGGGUUUCGACAGUACAGAUAGAAAUAGAGAUCUAAGAAGUACUCAGGAGGUAAUAAUUGACAUUCUUUGGUGAAGAAAUGGAUAUGGGGGGGUUAAUAAAAGGUAAAUGUUAAGAAUGGGCUUCCCUGGUGGCGCAGUGGUUGAGAGUCCGCCUGCCGAUGCAGGGGACACGGGUUCGUGCCCCAGUCCGGGGAGAUCCCACA